GCGAGGUCGCAGGCAGCGGACUCGUCAAGCAACGGGCGGUGGCCGUCGCGUGUGUUUUGCGCGCGAGUGAAAUACGACUCGCGGCGAGCCGUCCGCGUGACGCUGCGUUCUCCAAAUUCCGCGUGCGUCACUUUUUUUUUUUUUUUCAAUGCCUCCGCUUGCACCUGCGUGGCACGGUGAUCGCGAUGCGCCGUGUCGCGAACAGGGAAGUGGGCGCGCCGUCCCCAAAAUCGGGCAAGGAUAGCAGCUCGUUCCCGGCCGCCGGAUUUUUGUGCAUAACGCGAUUCUCCCGUCAUUCUCGGCGGUGACGGCGUCGAAGAAAUUGCGUUACAGCAUGCCGCGGCGCGGAAACAUGGAUCUGCAGAUGCGACCUCUCGAGACUGUUCACUACCGUCCUGCGUCGGAAAUGGACGACUGGCUUCAGGACUUGCAUAGUCGGCACGAGCAUCGCCCGAGAAAGCAGCAGCAGCAGUCGGCCAGCAACGGUCAGCGUAGCGGCGGCGGCGGCGAGGCCGGAGGUGCGGUCGCGGCGGCCUCCAAGGCUGCCACCGAGUCUGCGGCCAUGAAGGCGCUCUUCUACCUGCUGCUUUUCCUGGCCGAGGUGCUGCUGUUCGGCACCAUCACGCUGCUCAUCUACUGGAUCUUCAACUACCAGGGCGGCGUCGCAUGGGCCAACGACAUCAAGAAGCAGUUCAACCUCCACUACAUCCUCAUGACCGGGGGAUUCAUCUUCCUCAACGGACACGCGAUGCUGGUGUACCGCAGCUUCACCUGCUGCAAAAAGAUCUACAACAAGCUUCUGCACACCAUCUUCUUCGUGCUGUCCAUAUCGGCCAUCACCAUUGGCAUAGUGUCCGCCUUCAUGGCGCACAACAGCAGUGCUGACCCGAAGCACUUCUACAGUUUGCACUCGUGGAUCGGCCUCGGAACUAUGGGACUCUUCGCUUUGCAGUUCAUCGUGGGGUUCGUGUCGUUCCUGGUGCUUCUGUGUUGCGACAAGGCCACCGUCACCUACCGGCAACGCCUCGUGCCGAUUCACACCAACUUCGGCCUGAUCAUCUUCAGCAUCGCGGCGGCUGCCUGCGUUACGGGCCUCAUGCAGACUGCCAAGGGUCGAUUCAAUGGUGUAAAUGGAGCACCGAACUACCAGGAUCUUCCCGAAGAGGGAAUCUUCGUAAACACCAUUGCCAUUGCCAUCAUUGCACUGACAAUCCUCCUCCCACUGCUGGUCAGAAACAACCUUCGUGGUGGACAGGCUGUGUUCUCUGUCAACUAGGGCGGCAGAACGUCUUCCCUGCUAGACGGCACCCUACGUGUUGUCGCAACAAAAAGGCGUUUUGCGACUCUGCUGGAAAAUGAUCUUUUUACGAGACUUCCGAGGGGUGUAACAACUGCGCGGACCAAGUUGGCCGUACAGCAAAGGCAGUCUGCCCCCCAUGUCUUGAGUGCACACGACAGAUGUGUACAUCCUGACCACCCUCCACAGGUACAGCAUGAGGUCUGGUGCAAGAAAGAUCAGUUUUUAGCACUAUCGUCGCAGGUACGACAGAACAAUUCCUUUUUAUUUCUAUGUGUGGGGGGUCAGGGAUGGGAAGAAAUAGUUGCGCAGCUGUACUUUUAUUGUGCAUGUUUUGCUUGAAACAGACUACGACGUCUUCUGUCUGGUAUUUGUCAAAUGUGGUCAUGGUUUGUUCAGAAUGUCUUUUUUUUAUUCGCCAAACUUUGCAAUCGGGGAGGGUGGGUACUUGUCACACAAUGUUUUGUUUGCUGGCAAGUCUUCACUUUGACACUAUGAAACGAAAUUUAAGUCAAGCUGGGUUUUUGUACCUUGUGGCAAAAUGGGAGUUUACAGCUUGAGAGAUUCCGCAUGAAACUGCCACCAGGAAAAAUCUUUUCCUGACUGACAUGCCGAGUGCUAUAAUGAACAGUGUUGUCGCAUUUUUUACUCAUUUCACAUGUGUAAACACACCCUCAUAAUGCUCAUCUUCAGUAAUGUUUCAAAACUUUUAAGACCUGUGUCUCAGUGGUGUCGCAAUGGGAUGGUAAAGUGCAUUUCAUUCCCACUUUUGAGCCAAGAAUGGCUACUAUUACAAGCAGUAACGUCCACUGUAGUUUCAGCAAUCUCUGCGACUGCAGCUACUAUUUAAAACUUAAAGUGGGUGGCCCUGCAAUGCACGACCAUUCUUUGCGAAACUGUCAUGGGCGGAGGUCCUGUUUCAUUGUCAUGCUAUAGCAGUAUUUGGUUCUGAUAUUCUGAAACCAUCCAAACUGCACUUGCCGAAACCUAUAACAUUUCCUGGCCUAGAGAAUCUUUGCUUACUGCAAGGCUGUUCUCCUGGGUGCCUAAUUUGUCUGAGCCAAGAGGAACUUUAUUAAACAGAUUUUUAAUACAAAAUGUUUUUCUUUCUCUCAAGUUCCAGCUUGCAUCAGAUGCACAACCAGCCAAGAGCAGUUUUACUUAAAGAAACAUGAAAAUCUCGGCAUGUCAAAAAUGUGUAUUGUUUUUAGUGCCUUCACAAAAUGACUGUUGUAGUAUGCGCUGCACACAUUGUUUGAAUGCUGUUGUACAGACCCAGUCAUAUAUACGAGAAUGUGCAAACGGUGCAGAGAUAAUUUGUGACUGCUGGGCUUCCUAACGGUUUCUAUGAUGCAAUGGCUGAAAUACUGUGCAUAUAGCAGCAUUUGCUUAGAGGCUGUUUCAAGCCUACUGUCACUUGUAAGCACGGUGGCUGCAAUCUAGAUUACAUUGUCAGUGCAUUCUACACAACUGUGACUGGGUGUGUACACUAUUUUAAGUUGCAUGAGCCAUGUGGUUCAUUUUUUUUGUACAUACAUCUCAAAAGUCCUGUUUUUGCAAGCUAAUAAAACAAUUGCAUGAAAUUUUGUGUAUAUACAUACUAUACCUGGCGAGACACAUAGCAUGCUCUUGUAACUUGAUGGCAAAGUAUAACAUUAAAGUUCUACCUUCUUGCCA